AUGAAGCGCACAGAAGGGACGCCUGCUGCGUCGGGGAACUGCCCGCCUCCCCCCGAGCCGAAGGAGCUUUCCCCCGAGGAGCAGAAGCUCAAGGCAGAACGGGAAGCUCGAAAGAAGGCCAAGGAGGAGGAGAAGGCGGCAAAGGAGGCCGCCAAACUCGCAAAGAAGCAAGCGCAAGAGGCAGCGGCUGCGGUGCUCGUCAAAGAGUCCUCUGACUUCGAGGCAGAUAGCUUUGGCUACUGGCCCCUCGUACAAUCAGAAGGAGGCCCCUCCUCUGGCCUUAAAGCCGCCGCCAAACGGCAGUGGGUGCCGGUUGGGCAGCUGGACGCGAAGGAAGGGUCGAUUGCCUUUGUCACUCUGCGGGAGGGCACCGAAACGGUGCAGUGCGUCUUUGGGGAUUCUUGUUCCAAAGAUCUGCUGCGAUGGCUGGCCGCAGUGCCUGCGGAGUCUCUCAUCGACGUCUGGGGACGCAUUGUCUCUCCCCAGACCCCUGUGGCGUCCACAACUCAGCGGAAAGAGCUGCAAGGGGAGAAAGUCUUCUGCGUUGUCAAGGCAAAGAAGGAGCUUCCCUUCCAGCUGAAGGACGCGAUGCAGCCGGAGGACGAGCAGAAAGAGGGCCAGAUCCGCGUCCAUUUAGAGACGCGGCUGGAUAAUCGAUGCCUCGACUUGCGUGUCUCGGGAACGGCUGCAGUCGCCAGAGUCACCUCCGAGGUGUCUCGAUACUGCAGGGAUUUCCUCCAUCAGCACGGCUUUGUGGAGAUUCACACCCCGAAGAUUAUUGGGGGGGCAAGUGAAGGAGGGGCUAGCUGCUUUCGCGUGCCGUAUUUCAACAGAGACGCCUGCCUCGCACAGAGCCCGCAACUGUACAAACAGAUGUGCAUUGCCGGAGAUAUGGGCAAGGUCUAUGAAAUCGGCCCAGUCUUCCGUGCAGAAAACAGUAACACGCACCGUCACUUGUGUGAGUUUGUUGGCGUUGACUUGGAGAUGGAAAUCAAGGAGGACUUCUUGGAGGCCGUCGAGGUCAUUGACAACCUCUUUAAGAGUAUCUUCAAACGGCUCGAGGUCGAUGCCGCCAAGGAUUCGGCCUUGAUCCGCGCACAGCAUGACGUUCCUCCGUUCGUUUUCCUGGAGGAAACCCCGCGCCUCACGUUUGCUGAAGGCAUUAAGAUGCUGCGAGAAGCAGGCAUCGGAGUAGACACCAUACCAGAGGACCUUGCGGAAUUCGACCUUUCCACUGAGCUGGAAAAGGCCCUCGGACGGCUUGUUCAGGAGAAAUACAAGACGGAUUACUUCUUUCUUCUGAAGUAUCCGGCAAAAGUUCGGCCCUUCUAUUCUAUGCCCUGCCCCAACGACCCCAAAUACUCCAACACGUUUGACGUAUUCAUGCGAGGCGAAGAGAUCGCCUCCGGUGCGCAGAGAGUCCAUGACGCGGGGCUUCUAAGGCGGCGCUGCGAGGCUUUAGGCGUUCCUUUAGAGCAGCUGAAGAGUUACAUCGACGCAAUGGAUUUGGGAGCUCCGCCGCAUGCCGGCAUGGGUGCAGGACUCGAACGAAUUGUCAUGCUGUACUACGGCCUUGGAAACAUCCGCAGGGUGUCUCUCUUCCCGCGAGACCCUAAGCGCCUUGCCCCCUAG